CCCUCACGCUCCAACUUUCAAACGCCGCCACUCACACAACAAUGGCCGCAACCGCACCGCACCUCCACUUCCCCCCCGGUUUCCGCUUCCACCCCACCGACGAAGAACUCGUCGUCCACUACCUCUGCCCAAAAUGCGCUUCCCACCAAAUCGCCGUUCCCAUCAUCGCCGAAAUCGACCUCUAUAAAUACGACCCGUGGGACCUUCCAGGACUGGCCUUGUACGGAGAGAAAGAGUGGUACUUUUUCUCGCCCAGGGAACGCAAGUACCCAAACGGCUCGCGCCCAAACCGGUCCGCGGGAACCGGAUACUGGAAGGCAACCGGAGCGGAUAAACCCAUUGGUAAACCCAAACCGGUUGGAAUCAAGAAAGCUCUGGUCUUUUACGCUGGAAAAGCUCCCAAGGGAGAGAAAACCAAUUGGAUCAUGCACGAGUAUCGUCUCGCUGACGUGGAUCGUUCCGCUCGCAAAAAAAACACCUUGAGGCUGGAUGACUGGGUGCUGUGUCGAAUCUACAACAAGAAAGGCUCCAUCGAGAAGCAACCACCGAGUGUGACGCGCAAAAUGGAAUGUUCCGAAAUGGAGGAGAAGCCUGGGAUUGCGACACGUGGCGGCGCGGCGGCGGAUAGCGUGCACUUCGAGGCUUCGGACUCGGUGCCGCGGCUGCACACGGCGGACUCGAGCUGCUCCGAGCACGCGGUGUCGCCGGAGUUCGCGAGCGAGGUGCAGAGCGAGCCGAAGAGGGGAAACGAGUUUGCGUUUAAUUACGUGGACGCCACGCUCGGGUCGCAGUUCCAGAGCGGGGAUCAGAUGCUGCCGCUGCAGGAUAUCUUCAUGUACCUCUCCAAGCCUUUCUGAAAUUGCUUGCCGCCACGACGUCGUUCGCGUGUAUUUUUGCAUUGCGCGGAAGCACGAGACUGAAUAUGAAAGUCCGUGAGUGCGCCCGUGCUCGUCGCCUAGCUGAUUAUUACUUUAAAAAAAUAAUUUAUGAAUUAUCAGUCUAUUAAAUUAAUAAGAUACUAAUACAUCAUUAAGUGUAUUAAUAUGUGGUUUUAUAAUAACGCUUAAUGACGUGUUGAUAAUUUAUUAACAAAAAUGUUGGUGAAGAAUUGUAGUAGAUCAAUCGAGGUGUACAGCCAUUGAUUUGGUGCGCAAUGUAUGGGUAGCCAUAUAUAUCUAGUGGUAAAUUUUGGGUUUGUCUCUAGGUAAGUUUUUUUGUUUUUUUCUUAAGCAUUAGUUGUAGGAAAGUAAAUUAGCAUGGGUUCAUAAUGUAAAUGUAAUUAAUAGAUGUCGUUAUGACUUGGAACUCUUUCUUAAGGUCUUUAA